AAAUUCCAAACUUGAAAGGAAAUCAGUGGGCUCAAGUCUCUACCUUUCUUCAUCUUCUCUUCUCUUCUUCAAUCAGAUUCUUUCCUAUAAGCUUGCGUUCCUCGUUUUCUGUUUUAGUUCUCUCAAUUCUCUUUUGGGUUUUUGAUUCUUCUUGUUAAAAAAAAAGGUUUUUAAUUCUUGAGUAUGAUUCUAAGCAAGAGACCGCAUCUAAUGAUCCGAAAGUUGUCGGAGAUGUUGGUUCCGGGAAGCCGAUCUGCUAUAAAAACGGAGGAUUACACGGCGAGUCCGAGAAGUCCAUUAGAUUUGAAAUUCCCGUCGCCGGUUAACUCGAAGCGGUACAGUUCCGGUGGUAUCGGUUUGGGUAUCGUCGCUGCGUUGGAGGAAAGUUGCAUCGGGAUUAACCGGUACGAUCCGGUUCGACACUCCGGGAGAUUUCGAUGCCCGGAGAUUGAUCUGUCGGAGGAGGAGUACACUUACGUGACGAGCCGUGAUGGUCCGACCAAAGUGUAUUACAACGAAGACGGGUUUGAAUUGUUUGAGAGUGUGUCGAGACCGAUGGUUCUCGUCGAUGAACCACCGGUUCUUAAGAGACAGAGUCUUGGGGGCUGGCAAGAGUUUCUGAGCUCGUGUUGCUUGUGUAAGAAGAGACUUCAAGGCAAAGACAUUUACAUGUACAAAGGAGAGAUGGGAUUUUGCAGUGCAGAGUGCAGAUCAGUGCAAAUAAUGAAGGACGACCAAAAUGAGCAACGUAAAUCGCAAGUUUCGAGAAGCGUUGACGUUUCAAGCUCUCCUUACGCCGGCGAACAGAGUUUCUCCGCCGGGAUAUUCGUUUUUUAGGAUAUGCACAAUAAUUUGAAGAGUAAUAUAUUUUAAAAAGGAAAAAAACAAAAAAAAAGUGAUCAUCAUUCUAUUUCACCUUAAAAGAAAAAGGAAAAAAAAGUAAGCAAAGAAAAAAGAUUGAAAUUUUUGGUUAGGCUAAAAGCAAAUUGUAUAGAAGCUUGCUUUU